GAAAGCGGGAGGACGGUUUGAGUACCAGCUGCCCAUUACAGGUCCUUUACUCCUGAACUUUUUUACUGGACCAGUAAACUUGUUUUUGUUUUUUCUGCAAUCAUGAAUCCGCCCUGUGGGAGAUGCAAUAAACCAGUUUACCCAACAGAAAAAAUAAACUGCCUUGAUAAGUAUUGGCACAAAGGUUGUUUCAGCUGUGAGGUCUGCAAGAUGGCCUUGAGCAUGACGAACUACAAAGGCUUUGAGAAGAAACCUUACUGCACUAUGCAUUACCCCAAAACCUCCUUCACCAUAGUGACCGACACCCCCGAGAAUCUGCGUCUCAAACAACAGAGCAUGCUUAAUAGUCAGGCGCUCUAUAAGGAGGAGUUUGAAAAGAACAAGGGGAAAGGUUUCAGCGCCGUGGCUGACACUCCAGAGAUGCAGAGAGUGAAGAAGACACAGGACCAGAUCAGUAACGCCCUUUACAAGGAGGAGUUUGAGAAGAACAAGGGGAAAGGUUUCAGUGUGGUGGUCGAUACUCCAGAGAUGCAGAGAGUGAAGAAGACACAAGACCAGAUCAGUAACAUAAAGUACCAUGAAGAAUUUGAGAAGAGCAAGAUUCGAAGUGACGCGCCUCCUCCGGAAAAUAGGCAAGACUAUGAGGACCAGCCAUCCAACCCUGUCAGUCACUUCAGUCAGUCUGCUGGACAAAUGCGUACUGCUGCUGUAGCACCACACAGUGGAGGGAAGCGCUACCAGGCCAUGUACAGCUACAUGGCAACUGAAGCGGAUGAGGUUUCUCUGCAGGAAGGUGAUCUGAUCUUAGAUGUGGAGCCGAUAGACGAGGGAUGGGUGUUCGGCUUUAACCAGCGCACUGGGCAGCGGGGCAUGCUUCCUGCUAACUAUGUACGACCUGUGUGAAACAAACAGUUCUGCCCAGCAGAUAUUAAGAGAUCCACCUCCUGCCCUGUGGAUCUGCUGCCCGCACCUGCAAUCAGGCUUUGAAAUCACCUUUUUGCAAAUGAAAUAUUGCAUUUAAAAAGCAUCCCUGCCUGGUUCUGCUUUGCAUUUUUUCCAUAAAUGUAAUUUUCAAAUCGUAUGAUGGGGCUCUGCUUAUGGUUUCUUUGACUUCCAUGAAGAAUAAAUAUUGAUAAUAAAGCUUUUAUGUUUGUAAUAAGGUCAAAGGGGAAAGGAAACAAAUUCACAAUAAAACCCAUUAAUCUUCA